AUGUCUGACGAGGUGGUGUACGCCGUUUUCGAGCCUUCAGAGGCAAAGCUCCUCACGACGACGCUGCAGAGUCAAUUGCUCGUGGAAAACCCCAUUUUGGCCUCGGCUUUACUGAACAUCUUUCCUUAUUUGCUUCUUAUGGAUAACUUGUUGGAGAUUGUGACGUGGACGAACGACGACCCGUACCAGAACUUUCUACUUAUGGUGCUUUAUUCGGUGUUGGUGCUUUACUGGUCGUCGUUGAAGCUUUUGGUGCUUCCGUUGUUGAUGGCGGCGCUGUUUCUGAGUAUCGUGUGGAGAACCAGCACCAUCAUCCAGGACUCGAAGUAUGGGGAAAAGCCAACCAUAGAUGAGGUCUUGCAGACGUUGCAUAAUAUUACGGUCAGGUUUGACUUGUUUUUUAGACCAGCAAAGCAUUUGCGGUUCUCUAGGAAGAACUAUGCCAAAUUCGUGGUUUCGGCAGUUUUGGUUACUCCCAUUCACGCUGCCAUUGCAACGACGUUCUUGCUGCCUACGGUGCUUACGUGGCUUCUCGGGUUGUUCUUUUUGGCCUACCAUUCGCCGUGGGCGUAUACAAUUAGACACCUUCUCUGGAGGUCGCUUUACAUCAGACUAAUUGCUUACUACAUGACCGGCUUGGAUAUCAGGCUUUCACGAGACCAGGCCAAGGAAAAAUCCCACGGCGGUAUUUCUAGAGUUCACUCGCCCAGCGCUACAGAUGUUGAAGAUGAACAAGCCAGUAUUCUUCCAGAUUCAACGAAAAUCACCGAUAACGACUUCACUAUCGUGAAAAAGGUCAUUGCAUCGCCUACACAGCUUCGACAAACCGUCCGGUUCGAUAUUCUCGAGAACGAACGCCGCUGGUUCGGCUUUGGCUGGUCCAAGCUCUUAUUGCCUAAUGAACGGGCCAGCUACUGCUACCAACAGCUGAUGAGGCCGUCGCCAGACCCUCAGGAUGACGAUUUCGAAUUCCCCGUUUGCGAACACGACCUAUACAAUUACCAGUGGCAAUGGAUGGAUGACCGUUGGGAACUCGAUUUGGAGUUUAACAAGUCCAGGUAUAAAACAGGCUGGGUAUACUACGACUCCAAUUGGGACAAUCCAGGCUACCGUGACCAAUCCAGCAAGUACACUCGUACAAGAAAAUGGACCAGAAGAGCUACUUUGUUGAUAGACAAGCGGGAAACCGUCAACGACCACUGA